AUGAAGCUGUUUCUGUGCCUUGUCGGCGCCCUCCUGGUGGCCGGUGCUGCUGCUGACGUGAAGCACCCACCCUCCCUGCGCAAGCUGCAGGAGUCUACGGCCGUCACUGAUCCGUCGACCGUAAGAAAUUCACGGCCACCCACCUGUGGUCUCUCUGCACUAUGCAUGUGCACGCAUUUGUCUGUCUGUCUGUCUGUCGCUGCUUCGUGUGUGUCUGUCAUGUGUUUGCAGGAGGUGACUGUCCCCGAGGAGCCUGAGAUCCCUCCUGAGGACUCCGAAGGUGGCGACGAAGAUGACGACGAUCUUGAGGUGGGUGCGGGAGCACUCAGCCACACACACACAUACUUAGCGCUCGCAGACCAGCCAUGUGCCUGUGUGCGGGUGUUUGUUUGUCUGAGUACAGGAAGGUGAUGACGCCUUUACCCCAAAGGUGGGCGAACAGCACUUUGCACAUAACACAUACAGACUGUGAACGUCUGUCUGUCUGUAUCGAUGUGUGUAUCAUGUACUACGUGUGCAGGAGGGUGACGGCGAGGAGCGGAGGGCGCUGGGGACCUGGUGCGGGCACCACUGUCACCACCCCUGGUGGUGGUACCAUCAUCACCACCCCUGGUGGUGGCACCCUCACCAUCACGGCCACCAUGGACACCACCACCACGACCAUGGACACCACCGGAUGCUCUCCGAGGUGGGCAAGCGAACAACAUAACACAUAUAGACAGCGGCACUCACGCCAGACACAGAACCAUGUACGUACGUAUGUCUGUCUGUCCGUCUGUCUGUCUGUCUAUCUGCAUGGCUGUGUGUGCAGGAGGGUGAUGAACCUCCUGUGAGAGAGCUGCAUCCCCACUAUCACUGUCACUGGGUCUGGUCGUGCCACCGGAUGCUCUCCGCAGAGGUGGACGAACACGACACCACACACACAGGCAGCGACCCUCACCCCAGACACAGAGCCUUGCACGUCUGUCUGUCUGCCUGCGUGUGUGUGUGCAGGAGGCUGCUGAAGUUCCUGUAAGAGAGCUGCAUCCCCACCCUCACUGUCACUGGGUCUGGUCGUGCCACCGCUGACAUCACCUCCACAACUGUAUGUCACAUUUUUGUAAUCGCAUGAUCCCUGAGUCGCGCUUUAGUGUGGUGUGGAUGACUGUGUGACUGCUGGCUGGGCUGUGGGUGUGGGAGAGUGAGAUUAGCCACAUGACGUCUGAGAUGGCUUGCGUCCCUACUGAUGUGUCUGUCACACAGUAGCUCGUCUCUGCCUGCCUGUGGCUCGUCUCAUGGCUCCCUGUGUGUCUGGCUGGUGUUGGUUGGGCGAGAGUAUGUCUUUAUGCGUUUUAUGUGUUUUAUGUGUACCCGUAUGAAUGCCCCCCCCCAUCCAUCCAUCCAGCCGCGGCCUGUUGGCUGGUCAAUCUCUUUCUGCAAUGUUAUUGAAGAUGUUUCUUCAAUGCACAUAGUGUAGUGCAUGAAAGAUUCGUGUCACUCGUGGACUGGUCGGUGCCUGGGUUUUUGUUUUUGCUUUUGCCUUUUUUGUUUGUGUUUAUUUUUUUGGUGUGUGGGAGCCAGGGUGUAUGGAGGCGCUCUCAGCACCAGUCGGUGUGUGGCAGUCGUUUAUUCUUGAAGAGUGCUCGUUCAUCGGGCUCUGAUCUAUAUUUGUCACUCUGGCGGGCUCGGUGUAUAUGGGUGCAUGUACUGCAUGUGGGAGGUGGAGGGGCAGCCACAGAGAGGGGAGGGGAGGGAGGGGGAGAUGAGUCGUCACAAUCCAUCUUGGGGGUACACACAUGGAUGGGAUGGACACGGAUGGGCUGGACAGAGACACCGACAAGACACUCAAACAUAUCAACGCAUCGAG